CGUUCAGGUGCCACAGUUUUGAGGCUCGUUCUAAGACAUGAUUUCCUCUGUCUUGAGUGCGACGAAUGAAUGUGUGGUGAUUGUUCCUCGCCUGUUCACCGUUCAAUAUUCGGUGCCGCGAGCCACAUUUUUCGAGAACUCGAAGGGCCGAGCGAGGGUCCAGGAAGGUCCAGGAAGCCCGACAAUCGGUCGGCGGGCGAUACACGUGUAGUGGUCGUGCGGCGAGGGCGUGUACUGGAGCCCCCUUCGACCAACUCGACCAGCGAUUUUUUUUAAUAGACUUGGAGAACAAGAGCAUAAAGGUGUUUCUUGCUCACUGGCAACAAUAAAUGGUGGGAUUAUCGACUUUUUCGCGGGCGUUUUGUGCACUUCGGCUUCGCGCGGAUCUUUUUUCCCGCGCUUGCUCGACCCUGGCCUCGUGUGGCGCUGCGAGCCAAUGGCGUGGGGCGUGAGACUUGUGUUGACCGGCACGUGCAGCCGAGUACACUUUGCUUUGGCCGAUAUCUUGCGUUUGUGAACUUUCCUCCUCCCCACAUCGUGUCUUCGCUUAGCAAAAAGUCAAGACGUCCUCAUGCACAUAUCGCCCCUCCCCCGACCUAUCUUUCCUCGUCCAACUCCGUCUUCGCCUUCCUUCCUCAACUUUUCUCGUCCGUCGACUCCAGAACUAUUUUCUCAUCCCGACAUGAGGUCAAACCCCUGUCCAGCAUUAACAGCCUCGUCCUCAGCCUCGUCGUCUUCGUCUUCGUCGUCGGCGUCCUCGAUGUACUUCGACGCGGUCUCGCGUCCUUCGUCACCGCGGAGCAAGAUGUCUUCCCCAAGGCUACCACGCGCGCCUCGUCCGAGACACGCCGAUGCCCACAACCUGUCAGCCCUCCUGAACAUGAGCCACAUUCGCGACACUCGCGACUCGAUGGUCCCACCCCCUCUCCCAAGUCCUCCUCCCUACGAAGAGUCGUCUUCUUCAGUAGGAUCAUCCUCGCCUUCACCUCCCCGCAAGUGGACGCGAUGCCGCCCCACGACACCAAAGGUCGGGGACGCCACCAGCCGACUUCGGGCGCACGGCCCUUCUCAAGAUAUCGACGCGUCUACUCCUACUCGAAACCGCGCAGAGCGCAGUGACAUCGACGUGUUCGGUCCCACUCAACAGAAUGCACCGAAAGCGAGGUCUCGAAUCCUCGACCACGCGUCCACCCCAGCAUCGCGAAAUUCGCGAUUAUCCGCGCGGCCCACGCCACCGUCUCCCGAGUCGCGUCCGCCUCUGACACCCAGACGGCGCACACCAUUGUCGACGCGAACACAUUUCUCGGCCUCCAGAUGCGCGCCACCCACGUCGACGUCGACCUCGAAGACGCCCGUUGCACCUCCGUUGCCUCCUUUGCCUGCCAUGCCCACUCCUGACUGCCAGCCCGAAUAUGAAAGACCCCAACUUCGCAAGCCAUCAUUCAUCACGACUCGCCGCAUAUCGCUUCCAUCAUCGUCUACUUCACCACUUUCGCCUCCUCGGACUGCUCAACGCGCACGUGCGCUCAGCGUUCAGCCUGUCGCUCCCGGUCCCGUCCAGUUCCUCGCUCCUUUAGGAAGGGGUUCUUAUGGGACGACCUACGUCGUUCGCGAUCUUGGCAUGCAGCGCUUGCUGUGUGUCAAGGUCUUCAAUAAGGCGGAGGCGGAGAAGGUCGAGCUCGACCGGUCGAUGUUGAGAGAGUUGAGGUCGUACCAGCGUAUUGCAGAACAACGUGGGGCGGAUCAGGAGCAUAAUGACUUUGUGAUGGAGUUGCAUGGUGUGUUCCAGGACGAAACAAGGGUUUUCUACGCUAUGGAUUUAAUGAAGUACGAUCUCUGGACUGCGGCCAAGAAGAAACCAGAACAACAUCACAUAAGGCGAUGGAUGGUUCAGAUCGCAUCCGGUCUCAACUUCCUCCACGAACUCGGAAUGCUACAUAGAGAUCUCAAACCUGAGAACGUCCUCCUCGACCACGCCUCCAACGCCCGUCUCGCCGACCUCGGCGACGUCCUCAUCGUCAAGAACGGAGGGCCCCUCCGUCCGGGAGAGGUCUAUUCUCACAAGUUCUGCGGUACCCCAGGGUACAUGGCGCCCGAACUUUUGACCUGCCCGCAGGAGCAGAAAGACAUCCUCGGUCGCAUUUCUAUGCGUCCGGAUGAGAAAAUUCUGAAGACUGCGGAGACGUUCCGUGGGGAUUGGGAUUUGGAUGGGUAUGGUGUUGGCGCGGAUUGGUGGGCGUUUGGGUGUUUGUUCUGGGAUCUCCUCGCUGCGGCGGAAGAUGAAAGGUUCUUAUUCCCCCAAAUGCACAAGACGGUCGACUUCUGUGUCAAGUCGCGGGCCAAUGCCGGAGCCGCCGUUCUUCGCGCCAGGAAGCCAACCAUCAGCAAGACCGAGAUCUCUCUGCUCCUCGGGCUUCUCGAAGUAGAUCACCGCAAACGGUUCACCUACCGCGAAAUCAGACGCCACCCAUGGUUCUCAGGCGACAGCCCGAACGAAUUCCUGAACAUCGAAGCCCGCACCCGAAACCUCCGCCGCCUGAGCUCCCCAGACUCGCCACAAUACAGGGAACAUCGCGAUACGUCCGGCCUCGAGAAACUGGACCUGUUGAGGACGACGACGAGAGAGCAGGAGAUUAGUGAGGGCUUUGUGGGUAGGGAGGCGGUCUGGCGCGACUUUGCGUGGGUGAAUCCGAUGGGGCUGUGGAAGGAGUGGAAGCCUGUGUUGAGGAGGCAGAAGCGCGCUUUUGGACUAUCGUGACUUGAGUAGGCCUGUUUGGGGAUCAGUGUCAGUGUCAGUGGGGCCACGAUGUAGUGGGCCUUGUCGCUGUGAGUGGGGUGUUUGCUCUAGGUUUGUCCUCGAUUUUGCUGUGCACUAGCUCUGAAGUUAUCUGCUCUCCGUUCCUUUUUUGCUCUCUCUCUUUCUCCUUUUAUUCCUGCUUAUUGGGUUCAAUCUCUCUCUUCGUUCCUUCAUUACUUCAUUUAUUCACCAUCAUUGCGCUGGGCUCGAAGGAGCAUUCUGAUUCUAUCGAUUCAUCUCGCAUAUUUACUUUUUCACUUUUUUUUUCACUUUUUAACGUCACGACCCUCGCCACGUCAGGUUCUUGGACUUCGCAUCCUGGAUCCUAAAUUAUCCUUUUAUUUUUUUUCUGCCCGUCUCUCUCUCCUUCUCCGUCUCGUGGAAUUUCGCCCUUGCUUUAACCACCCCCAUCGUCCCCCAUCGUCGUACAAAUGACGAGGUCGUUCCUGCACAUAGUAUUUAGUCUUUAUCGUUUCGUGUUUCACGUUUCACGUCGCCCGUUUUCCGUCGCCCGUUACCUUCGUCACUCAUCAUUCAUCAUCAUCGAUCGCCACUCAUUGACAGCUAUCUCUUCUCGGUGUAACUUCUCGAGCUCCUUGACGUGUAGUCGUACAUGUAUUGGUCGAUUACUCUGUAUUGUUACAGUCUAAGUAUUAGCUGUGAGGUCGAAUCGAUGACGUCC